AUGUCGCUGCUGUCUUCCUCGCGGGCCGAGGCCAUCCGCCUCAUCCGCGAGCAGCUGCGCUGUACUCUGUGGUGCGACCCGCAGUGCCUCGACUGCAAGCACAACUUCUGCCACUCGUGCAUCUUGCUGCACCUCAAGCAGAACAACUCGCACUGUCCGAGUUGCCGGCUGCCUACGAGACCUAGUGAGGUGACGCGCAAUCAGUUCUUGGAGAGCAUCCUGGCGGCCUGGAAGGGCGUGGAGCAAGAGCUCGAGUCUCUAAACGGAGACAAGUCGCUCCAUGCAACGAACAUCACAGUGCAAGACGCGGACAGAGCCUUCCACCGAGCGGCCAAUGGGGCGGGCGCAACUGCAACUGCAAUUCAGGCCAGUGAGGACACGCAGCAACAGGAGGAAAGGCAAAACACCAGAGGGAGAGUGGCCAACCACAAGUGGAACAUCGACACGCAGGAAAUCCGCCAGGAACUUAAGCUGGAACAACCCUAUUUGCCGCAGAGUUAUGGGGGACAAGCGGGCAGCACGGCGCAUUGGAAGAAAACCAGCAGCAGCGACUUGCCCGAUGAUUACGGAGGCAGCGCGAGUGCCAAGGAGAAGGUGGAGGACGAGGAGAGUGGGUUCAUGUCCCCAAGACCGAACAGUUUGAUGGCGACGCAGGAGGUGGAGAGCUAUUUGGACCGAAUUACCAAGCAGCGGGAGGCUUUGAGUCAGUGGGAAAGAGACCACCAGGGAAAUGGAGACGGCAGGUCGCUGUUGGAACUGGAACGCUCGUUGCACAGCAGCGCAGGGUUUGAUGCGUUGCUGAAGGAGAGAAGGAGAGACUCGCAACACCAGGAUGACGACGGAGAUAUGUUGACGCAAAUGACACAGAUGACGCAGAUGCCACCGGCUACGAGUCCAUUGGAGUCACCUGAUCUCCUCGCGACCUUCCGACGGCGGCACAGUGACCAUCACGAUGAUCGCAGACCAGGUGUGAAGGCUAAGCGACAAAUGUUACUGUCACCACUGCCGCUGCAUCCCCAGCGGCGGUUAUCGUCGCCAUCCCGGAAGAGACUUCGCAUGCCAAGCCUCCAGAGUAAAAUUACAACCGAUGGACACAACAACUCGUCGGCUAUCGAUCUCUCGCGGACUGAUUCAGACGAUGAAGAAUCCGAGUACGAGAUGAAGCCUGCAGCACCAUUGCCACCGACACCCGAGCCCAAGAAUCCGCCACCCAGCCAACAAUGUGAGCGGCUAAGCAGUUUGUUUUCUCGGAAGAAAGACCGCUCCAGUGACGACUUCCGCAGCGCCAUCACGGCGUUCCAGUCAGAAGACAAGCGCGUCAGCGAGAGUCCCAAGUCUCAAGCAGCAAAGCAAUUGGUUCGCUCUUCAUCCAACGUCAAGACUGAAGCUGUUGCCGCUGCUGCGAGCAAAACCAGAGACGUUACCAGACCGUGCUCAGCUGGAAGCGCGACAAAACCUCCGGUUCACUCAUCAAACGGCAGCGCCAUGGCCUCAGGAAGUAGCGACAGCGGUUCUGGUUUCGUGUUUGUGAGCUCCGAUCUGACGCGAGAGGAGGUGAAGCGCGUACUGGAAGCAACUCAGCGUCUUGGUGGCAAGUUCGGGCACGAUUUCGACCUGAAGCGCGACCCUGUUUCCGGUCACUUUUGCACGUCCGUGACGCAUCUGAUCACCAAGGCCGUUCCGCCCAUCGGUGCCCCCAGUGGCGCCGAGCCGGUUGAGUUGCGGUGCAAGCGCACAGCCAAGUACAUGCGCGCGUUGGCCGAAGGGAGCUUCAUCAUGGAUUUCUCGUGGAUCACUGGCAGCCUGUCAGCCGGCAGGUGGCUGACCGAGGAGCCGUUCGAGAUGAUUGGCGACAUCUACAGCGACGCCAUUGGCAAACCGCACGAAGGUCGCAUCCGCCGCGUGCAGACGGGAAGACGCAACAGCAUUUUCAGCAUGUUCUGCUUCGUGCUGCUCGUGUCCGAGAAGGAGUUCGACUUCCAGUUCGCGUCGGUGAAAGCUCUCGUGAACAACUUUGGGGGUACAGUCGUUCACGGAGAGAACUUUGCCAAGCUGACCAUGAAACAGCGAACGCGUCGCACUCCCGUCGGUGUAGUGUCCAAGACCACGUCGCCCUGGGACGCCAAGGCCAAGUGGCAGCAGUUCCAGAUCCCCAUUGUGCGCAUAACGUGGAUCUUCGACAGCGUGAGUCACCUCGAAGUCCUGCCGUUUGAUGAUUACUACCCGUACUGAGGUGCAGGUUCAGGUUAACACUUCUCUCUCUGGCAAGUCAUUUUUGCUACCGUAUCGUAUAUCUAUGAAAAAAGAACCUUGACACGUUUU